GCACGCGAAUGUGAGAAUCGAAUUGGUAAAUAGAGAGGCACUUGGAAUCGUUGGUGUGUUUCUUCUUCAUCUGGGUCCCAAAACCUGGUUCGACCACCUUCCGUCGUCUUUUUCUCUCUCUUCCAUCACAAUGUAUGGUGGCGCAUCCAAGCUCGGCCGACCCGGCGGCGGCGCGGGCCGGGGAGCUGGAGGAAAGCGCCCGCACUCCUCUUUUCCCCUACCACCUUCUCACCGCCCCUCCGGCCGUCUCUCUCUUGGCGGCGGCGGUCCCGUUUCUGUUUCCAAUCCUCGAAAUCGAACCACCACUGCAACCACAUCCGAAGCCCCUCAAUCCGUCGAGGAGAAUUUCAGUCUCGUUACUGGUAACAAUCCUUUGGCUUUUGCCAUGAUAAUUCGGUUGGCUCCUGAUUUGAUCGACGAGAUCAAGCGGGUUGAGGCGCAGGGCGGGACUCCGAGGAUUAAGUUUGAUGCGAACGCCAAGAAUUCUAGUGGUAAUGUCAUUGAUGUUGGUGGGAAAGAGUUCAGGUUCACAUGGUCACGUGAAGUUGGUGAUCUUUGUGACAUAUAUGAAGAGCGUAAAAGUGGAGAAGAUGGAAGUGGUUUGCUCAUUGAAUCAGGCAAUGCUUGGAGAAAACUGAACGUGCAGCGUAUCUUGGACGAAUCAACUACAAAUCAUGUUAAGAAGUUGUCUGAAGAAGCUGAACGUAGAUCUAAGUCUCGUAGAGCUAUUGUCUUAGAACCUGGUAAUCCAUCUAUGAAGAAUCAAAUAAAGCAAUUGGCUGCUGCCGAAGCUAAUCCAUGGAGGCAUUUUAAGAAUAAGAAAGAGCCUCCCUUUAAAAAGCAGAAGAACGAAUUGUCUCAAGUUGGGCCUCCAAAAUCUACAUAUAAACCUGGCAUAUCAUCCUUACCUGCUUCUAAGGAUAGACUAUCAUCUUCACCUAUUCCAUCGCCACCUGAGCAAUCCGGUGCUCCAGUAUCUCAUUUUGGAUCUGCAAACACCACUAAGACUCAUGUGAUUACAGAAGAUAUUAGACCUCGACUACCUGCUAAGGUUAAUGCUGCUGCUAGCAGUGAGAAGGAAAUCUCGACCAAAGCUGCAAAAGGAGUACUUGAAACACCAGGACAGGAAGGGAAUAGUGGAGCUAAAACAACAGACUUGCAAGGAAUGUUGUAUAAUUUACUUUUGGAGAACCCCAAGGGGAUGAGUUUGAAGGCCUUGGAGAAAGCCGUUGGUGAUAAAAUCCCAAAUGCUGUGAAAAAGAUCGAGCCAAUCAUUAAAAAAAUUGCAACCUACCAAGCUCCGGGGAGAUAUUGUUUGAAAUCAGGAGUUGAGUUGGAAGGCUCUAAAAAACCUUCAUCCGAAGGUGAAAGCUCUCCUUUGAUCAGCCAUCAUCAAAACCCCCCUGUACAUGAAGACCUCCCAGAUCAAAUAACUGCCCCAGAAUUGCAGUUAGAAGCAAGAUCUGGCAUUGAAUUGGAGGAAAAGGUAGAAACCUCUCAAGCUAACAAAAAAUCCAAUUUCUUGGAGAAAAAUGGCAUCCAACAGCAUUCACCCGAUCUUUUUGCUGAGAAAAAAGGUUCUGAAAAUAGUGAACGCCAGGCAGCUAGCUCUUCUGACAACGAAAGUGACAGUGAUUCUGAAAGCGAUAGCAGUGAUAGUGGAAGUGAUAGUGGGAAUCAUAGUAGGAGUAGAAGCCGAAGCCCUGUGGGUAGUGGGAGUGGGAGUAGCAGUGAUAGUGAAAGUGAAGUACCUUCCAACAGCAAGGAGGGUUCUGAUGAGGAUGUGGAUAUCAUGACCAGUGAUGAUGACAAAGAAUCCAAGCAUAAAUUGCAAGCUUCCGCACAGGGUUUCUCUACAUCUCCUGCUGCUUGGAAAAGUCCAGAUGGUGGCGCUGUGCAGAUUAUAGAUGAUGAGAAGGAAGAUGGUCAAGAAUCUGAUGCAAUUGAUAUUGAGAAUGAUUCUUCUGAUGAUGAGCCAGAUGCUAAAAUUGAUGACCGCAGUUUCCUUCCUAUUGAAGGUGGAAGGCUUGUGGAAGAACCAAGAUCCUUUUCACCAUACCCUGAUGAAUUCCAAGAGCGCCAAAAUUUUAUUGGGAGUUUGUUUGAGGAUAGGGAUAAUACUGUUGUGGACAGUGGCAGGCACGAACAAUCUGACAGCACAGGUCAGAUAUCUAAAGGCAAGUCUAAAAGGAGUUCUGAUUUGGAGUGCUUAGAAGAGAAAUCUGAUCAUACCAAGAGAUUAAAAUCAGAAAGCUUAGCUCAACAACCAGUUUCUAGUAAACACGGUAGAGAUUCUGUUAGAAAUCCUACCAGUCAAGUUACUAAUAAAGGUGAAGUUAAAGGCAAUUCUGAUUUUAGACCAAAAAAGGGACACAAAGAAACAGUUUCAGAAAAAAAUAGUUCAGAUGUUUCUCAAGCAGGUUGGAGGCCCCAUGACCAAAGUGGAGGAGUGAGAGCUGUAGAUACUGCAGCCAGAACCGACAAGCAUGGUGAUAUUGGACGUGGCACUAAACACACUGAAAAGAGUGGUCAUGCUAAUGAAAAUUUUCAUAUGUUUAAAGAUACAUUUCAUGGAAAUGCUGAAAAUGAAGGGACAAAGGAGAAAAAGGUGUCAAAAAAUUCUAGAUCAGGUGGUCCAGGGGACAAACAGAUACAACCUUUUGACUCCCAUCACAGUAAACCUGGUGAAAUAGUUGGAAAAUUCAAAGAUGGCCAAACAUUUUCAAGCUCGCAGAUGGGGUAUUCGCCAAGAGAUAAUAAUAAUAGAAUUAGUGCCAACAGGUCCCCUGUUAAUGGAAAAGGCCGAAUUCUCCAAAGAGAGCUUUCAGACCUGGAGUUAGGUGAACUUCGUGACCCUUUCCCUGAGGAAUCACGGGGUAAAAAGAAAUUUGAAAGGAACAAUUCAUUGAAACAGUUGGAGAAUAAAGAAAGCACUACAGAUAUCUGGGGUUCAGAUUUAAGUAGAGGAAAAUCUAAUUUGAAGACUAGUUUAGAAUAUGGAAAGCGGUCCCCACCCCAUGUAAGUACCAAGUUUCCCAGCAAUCCGGAAGGCUCAAAUAAAAAGAAAACUUCAGAACAUAUAGUUGAAGAUUCGACCAGACUUAACCAGCGGUCUCUGCAGUCUCAUCCACAAUAUAAUUCAAGAGUAGAUCACGUUGAAGUUGAUAAGUCAAUUGCUGCCAAUGUAAAACCUAAUCAAGGGAUUGGUCCAGAAGGCUGUGGGGAAAGCAACAGAAAAGCAUCUGUUGGCAUUUCCCAGCUGAAUGAUAUGAAAAGAGAACAGCUUCCCUCAAAAAAAGGAAGUAAAAGACUAGCACCUAAUCCAAUAACUGAAGUUACCGAAGCACUAAAGAAUCCAGUAUCAGCUGAGCGUGAAAAUAGUGAUCCAAAGAGGAGAGAUUCUUCUUCAGACGAAAACAGUUGUUCAUAUUCCAAAUAUGAAAAGGAUGAGCCAGAGUUGAAGGGAGCGAUCAAGGAUUUUUCUCAGUACGAGGAAUACGUACAGGAGUAUCAUGAUAAAUAUGAAUCAUACCUCUCCUUGAACAAAAUCCUAGAAAGCUACAGGGCUGAGUUCUGCAAACUCGGAAAGGAGCUUGAUUCUGCUAGAGGACAAGAUUCGGAAAAAUACUUUAACGUCUUAGGACAGCUGAAAGAAUCCUAUCGGCUGUGUUCAGCGAGGCACAAGAGGUUGAAAAAAAUAUUCAUUGUUCUCCACGAAGAGCUGAAGCAUAUAAAGGACAGGAUAAGAGAUUUUGCACGAACUUCUGCAAAAGAUUAAAACUAGACGUGCCUCAUUUCGAGCAAUCAAACGUCCUUUACACAACCAUUUUCAACUCGAGGUAGGUUACUAAAAGAUCAAGGUGGAUGCAAGAACUUCAUCAAUGAAUUCCCGUGUACAGAAAAUUAGUCAAAUUUCUUGCUACCUUCUUCCCAGCCCGAGUAUAGGAACAUGUAAAUUUUUUUUGCUCUCUCCCACUCUUAAAAUGCAUUUUAUUUUGUUUAGUUAAGUAGAGAGGUUGGACUUUUGUUUUAGUUUAGCCUGACCUCUUUCUGUAUAGACUUGCGAGGCUUAUUUUAAGUUGGGAUAUAAUCUAUUUUUAUAGGUUGUACAAAUUUUGAACAUGUAAAAAUGUUCCCUAUAACUGUGAAUAUGCUAAUGUUAUUGGCAAUCAUGGGGAGUUUUCUUGGAGGGGAUUCUAUAGUGAAGCAAUGAGAAGUUUCUUCUCUCGGACAA